AUGUUAUUAGCCUUUGAUGAAUCUGAGGGCACUACAGGCUAUUCCACAUGGGGUGAUACCUAUUUUAUGACACUUUUCACAGAUACACUCUCAAGAGUCUCAAACUAUUCUUCUGCCAAACGUCAUAACUCAUUUACUAGAGUUACAGAUGUUGAUGAAGGAGCUAUUAUAGAAUUUGCCAUGAAGAAAAUCCUCUGUGACAGAAAAAAAGCCAGAGAUAUAUAUGAAGCAGAGUGUACUGUGAUUAUCAAAAAUGUAACAGAAGCACUAGUGAUUCUUAGAUCACAGCUCUAUUUAGAAAUCUCGAGCCUUUUACAGCAAACAUCUGAUGAACCUGUGCUAGCUGAAGCUGCAAGCCAUAUUAUGAACUGUUCUAGAAUUCUCAUGCAAGUUUUAGACCACUUAGUCAGCUCAAUCAGGAAUCAUAUUGUUGUCAAUGCAGGUAAUCAAGGUGAACUUGUUGGCAGGAUCUUGUAUCUUCUGGCAAUUGACAAAGCUAUUCAUUCAGAGUCUUGUAAAAAGCUUAGUCUGAUUUUUACUAAACAAGCCAACAGCAUAACACUUUGCAAUAGUAAGAUCAGUACAGCAAUUUUUUGUAAGCGAAAUCAAAAAGGAGUGGAUAUUAUCAUUCUAGUUGUCAUAGUUCAAGAUGAUGAAACUCUAAUUACAGAGAAAAACAUGACAUUUAUUGAUAUCCAAGUCAGAAAUCGUGAAGCUGAUAGUUCAACUAGUGACAAAGAUCAGCAAGAAGAGAGUGCACAGAUUUACAUGAGUCUUGGAGUGGAAUCUAAAGGUAUUAAAUAUAAUAGCACUUUAGACAUUGGAAUGAUAACACGAACAGAUGCUAAGGAUAGAAUGGGACAUUUGAGCAUUUAUGGACUCUUAAAAAAUAUAUAUGCAUGUUUCAAUGGUGCAGACAGUGACAUAAUAGAAUUACUAUUACACAAGUUGUUAAUAUCUUAUGUUGAUCCUAUUGAAAAAGAAAAUGGUAUUCUGUGGAGUAGACAUAAAGCAAGUGAUGAAUAG